UGACACCAUUUUGGAUCUCCGGGCUACAGUAGCUCGCUAACUAGCUGUUAGCUUUCGACAACGCAUCGUUACUUUGAUCGGGUUUAUUUUUCCCGCUCUGAUAUCAGACGUUGACGUUACCGGAGAGCUUUCCGGUGUUCGGAUCUGAACCUGAGUCUUUCUUCGUCUGUGAAAUGGACGGAGAGGAGGACGACUUCAUGUCCGCGAGCCACUCCGAUGAUGGAGGCGGCACGCCAGUUCAGGACGAACACCCGGCAUCAGAUGGUGAGGAGGCGAGGAGCGACGGACAUCAGUCUGAGGACGACGGCAGCAAUGAUGAAGACGCCCCCCACGCCAUGAAGACCAGCGGGGUGGCCAGCGGCUCCGACAAUGAGUUACACCGAGGAGCCGACAGCGACUCAGAGGGCGAGGCCCCCAGCCGCCGUCAUGACGACAAAAGUGACUCCGACGGUGAGGCUGGCAGGGGCCGCCACAACGAUGACAAAAGCGACUCGGAAGGCGAGGCCCCCAGGGGCCGCCGUCGAGAUGAUGACAAAAGUGACUCUGAGAUGGAGGCUUCACGUCCCGCUGACAGCGAUGAUGAUGACGACUCGCCGGUCAAACGCAGGAUGAGUGGCUCAGACAACGAGGAGGAGUCGCCCGUCAAACACGGAGCUUCAGACAACGAGGAGGGGCGAAGGUCGCCUCCCGCCAAACGCAGGGGGAGCAGCUCGGACAUGGAGGAAGGAGAGAAGAGGCCCAAAGCGGCCGCAGACAGCGACUCGGAGAAUGAACAGGACAAACCUGCGGCGUCCCCCGCCCGCCGGUCCAAUGCAGACAGUGACUCUGACACAGAGACGCCUGCCAGACGUAAGGCGGCACAGAUAGACUCUGAUGAGGAGGAGGAGGAGAAACAGCAGGAGAAGGCGGAGGGAGGAGGAGGAGGGAAGUGGAAGGCUGUGAUGCAGUCUGACAGUGAGGACGAGGAGGAGGAGGGACAAACGAGGAAGGCUUCAGCAGGAAGUGAUGGGGAGCAGCAGCAGGAGGAGAGGGAGCAGAAAGAUGACAGUGAUGACGAGGAUGAGAAGCCAGUGAAGAGGAAGAAGGCCAUCCUGUCAGACAGUGAGGAUGAGGAUGAGGAGAAAGCAGACAAACCAGCAGUGAAGAGGAGUCGUGCAGUGUCAGAUGACGAGAACUCUGACAGCGACGGCGGCUCUGUUGGUCCUGAUAAGAGUCUGGCCGCCAAACUGAGAGAGCUCGGCUCGGACAGCGGGAGCGAGGACGACGAGAGGUCGAAGGCCACGGCCACGGGGAAGAAGGACGAGAAGGCGCUGUUUGGCAGCGACAGCGACUCUGGAGACGGCGAUGAAGAGGAGAAAAUGAUCGCAGACAUUUUUGGAGAGUCUGGAGAUGAAGAGGAAGAGGAGUUCACGGGUUUCAACCAGGAGGACCUGGAGGGGGAGAAGAAGGAGUCCAAGGAGAAGCAGCAGGAGGUGGAGGAGGAGUCUGACUCUGAUGAAGGAGUCGACCGCAGCGGCCAAGACACCUCCUUCAUGUCGGACUUUGACAUCAUGCUCGCUCGGAGGAAAGCCAUGAACAGCAGGAAGAGGCGGCACCGCGACGGAGGGACGUUCAUCAGCGACGCCGACGACGUGGUCAGCGCCAUGAUCUCCAAGAUGAACGAAGCAGCAGAGGAAGAUCGAACUCUGAACAGUCAGAAGAAACCAGCGCUGAAAAAACUCACUCUGCUGCCACAAGUCGUCAUGCACCUCAAGAAACAGGACUUGAAGGAGACGUUCAUCGACAGCGGUGUGAUGUCAGCCAUUAAAGAGUGGAUCAGUCCUCUUCCAGACAAAUCACUGCCUGCUCUCAGAAUCAGAGAGGAGCUACUCAGGAUCCUACAGGAACUGCCCAGCGUGAGUCAGGAGACUCUGAAGCACAGCGGGAUCGGACGCUCCGUCAUGUUCCUGUACAAACAUCCCAAAGAAUCUCGAGCCAACAAAGACCUCGCUCUCAAACUCAUCAAUGAGUGGUCGCGGCCCAUCUUCGGCUUGACGUCCAACUACAAGGGGAUGACGAGAGAGGAGCGUCAGCAGAGAGAUCUGGACCAGCAGAUGCCUCAGAGACAACGACUGAGCUCUGGUGGUCAGACGCCUCGAAGAGACCUGGAGAAACAGCUGACCGGGGAGGAGAAAGCUCUGAGACCAGGUGACCCUGGGUUCUGUGCCAGGGCUCGGGUGCCGAUGCCCUCCAACAAAGACUACGUGGUACGACCCAAAUGGAACGUAGAGAUGGAGUCCAACAGGGGUCCGAUGAAGAAGGGUAUGUCCCGUGUUGAUAAACAGAUGCGUAGAUUUGCCGACAUCCGCCGCCUGACGAAGCCGGGUCACGCUGUUAAAAUCAGCGUUGAAGGCAACCGGAUGCCUCUCUGAUUUUAACCUCCAUAGUUUUUUUGUUUGUUUUUUUUUUCUUUUUAAUGUGUUGCUUCCUGAACAAUCCCUCUGUUCUCCUGCCCUCCCUCCCUCCUCCUCCUCCUCAGGUCCAGCUCGCCUUACUGAAGGGCUGAGGUCAGAUCACUUUGACUUGAGUCAGAAUGUGAAUAUCUGCUGUAAACUCGUCUGGUCUUUGGUUAAAUCAUGUAAAAGCUUUCAAUCUAAUCCACAGAAUGAUAGAUAGCUGCUAUUAAUGUGAACUAGCAUUCAGCUAUGUUCAUUUUAUCUCCCACAUUUUAGCUUUAGCUCCAAAACAACUGGAUUUACAACAUUAACUAAUGUAAUUAGCGUACCUAAGUUAAAUGUAGCUUUCUCUCCAAGUCCAUAAUGUUAGCUAAUGCUAGCUUUACAUCUGUGUUAACUAAUAUAGCUAAUGGAAGUGUUCAGCUAUGUUAGCUAUAUUUAAAAAUGAUCAAAAUCUAUCUCUCUAGUCUCUGUUACAGUCAACCAGUGUUAGCAUUACGUUAGCUUUACCUCAAAGUUAAGUAAUGUCAGCAGACAGCCUUAUCUGCAAGUCCAUAAUACUAGCUAGUGUUAGCUUAAGCCAACUAAUAUAGCUAAUGCUAGCAGUCAGCUACAAAAGGUAUAUCUAAAAACUAGCAAAAUCUACAACAUUAGUUUAUGUUGUCACUUAGCUUCGUUAGCCUUAUGUUAAGCAAGCAGACUAGCAAGAGCCAUGACUCAUUCACCUCAGUCAACCAGUGUAAGCAUUACGUUAGCUUUACCCCAGAGUUAAGUUGGUUAGCAGUCAGCCUUACACUAAGUCCAUAAUACUCGCUAGUCUUAGCUUUAGUCAACAAAUAAAGCUAAUUUUAGCGGUCAGCUACAUAAGCCGUGUCUGACGACUAGCAAAAUCUCCAACAUUAGCUUAUACCGUUACUUAAAUAUUUUAGCCUUAUCUCAAAACUACCAAGGACCUUAGCAUUCACUUGUGUUAGCAUUCAAGCAAUGUAAGCAUUGUACUAGCUUUACCUCAACGUUAAGUCAUGUUAGCAGUUAGCUUUAUCUUUGAAUCUACAGCCAACUACUAUAGCUAAUGUUAACAGUAUGCUAUGUUAAUUUUCUCUCAUAACAUUAGCUUAUGUUAGCUGUUAGCUAUAUUAGCACUAGUUCUAAACCAGCUGGGUCCAUGAUGUUGGCUAAUGUCAGCUUGACACUAAUAAUACCAGUUAGUUACAUUAGCUUUAGCAUUAUGGACUUGAAGAUAAAGCUAGUUUUAUAAUAUUAGCUAAUGUUAUGUUAGCAGUUAUCUACAUUAGCUUUAGCUCCAAACCAACAGAGCCCUCAAUGAUGACUAAUGUUAGCACAAAAUGCCAGCAAAUGUGAGCUUUACAUCCAAGCUAACUAAUGCUAGCAGUCAGCUACAUUAGCUCUUUCUCAAAACUAGCAAAAUCUACAUUAGUUAAUAUUAUCAGUUAGCUGUGUUAGCCUUAACUCAAAAGCAGUGGGUACAUUGACGUAUGUUAGCAGUCAUGUUAGCAUAUGUCAGCACUUUAUUUGCUUUACCUACAAGCUAACUCAGUUAGCAGUCAGCUACAUUAGCUUAACUCUUAACCAGUCUCAUCUUUGACCCUGCUGGUUCAAAGUAAAACCUAACGUAGCUGAUCCAGAAAUCGUUUCGGUGACAUUUUGUGAGUAUUUUGUCCAAAGCACCGUCACAUUUUCCAAAAUUUCCAACAUUGGAUUUGAGAACAAAAUCUUCCCUCAUGCCCUUUUUUGUUUCUGAAUGUGAAGGUGUUUGUGUUUUGCUAGUAGGCUGGACAGACCUCUUCCUCCUCCUCUUCCUCCUCCUCAGUCUUUUUUGUCCUCUCUCUGCUCCCAUAGCGGCUGUACAGAAGUAUGUAAAGUGUCUGCAGGACUGAGUUCACACAGGUAACACAGUGGGCAUCAGAUCUCGAUGUGUGUUGACUGUGAAUCGGCCUGUGUGUGUGCACUGUGUUCUGAACAGGUGAUACUUUUCUUAAUAAAGCGACAACAGAAACUCA